UUGCCGAUGCUCAGAGCACUCACAGUAAUAUACAAACCCCCUGUAAUUGUCAUCACUGAAUCUUGGUGUCAUUCGGACAUCCUGGAUGAAGAAAUAAGCUUAGAUAACUACACACACUUUCGGUGUGACAGGGAAGGUGGUAAGGGAGGGGGUUGUCUCAUGUACUUUUUGAAUGAACUUACUGUAUCACAGCUAGAAAGUAGUACACUUAACAUGCCUGAGACUCUAUGGGUUAAUGUACACUUAAAUAACGUAACAGCAUUAAUUGGAUGCACCUACAGAGCACCUGGCACCUUUAGUAAUUACGAGACCCAACUCAUUAAUACUCUGGAGCAAUUAACCGACUUACAAUACGAUCAUAAGAUCCUAUGUGGGGACUUUAACUUACCUGAAAUCAACUGGGAUAUACCCACAGGUCCAACUAAAUUUGAUAAGUUCUUAGACACACUGGAUAUACUUGGCUGGAAACAAACUGUCACUACUCCCACAAGAGGUAACAACGUACUAGACUUAAUCUUCUGCCACAAUAUAAGCCCCCUUUCAACGCUAGUAGGUUCUGAGUUCCCAGGGAGCGACCACAAAACAGUAAUGUGUGCACUGCCAAUUCCGCUGAGUAGCAAUGCAUCUCAUACCUCCACUUCACAACAAGUAAUAUAUAGGAACUAUAGUAAGGCAAACUGGGCCUUAGUUGAAUCGAUGCUAAGAUCCUCCAAAUGGGAUGAAUACUUCACUACUGAUGACCUAUCGAGAGCCCUAACCAUCUUCUACCAUAACUCAAACAUAUGCUUAGAUGCUGUCAUUCCACUCCAAACACUAAAGGUUUCCCCACACAGAAAGUCAUUCAUAAAACCAAAGGAUCGUAAGAAACUGAAGAAACUCUCAACAAGUUACUUCAAACACCACGACUUUGGCACUCUAGGUCUAAUACUUAAAACCCUUAGCUCCAUCACACAAGCUCAAGAUUUCCGUAUGAGAAAGGAAGAACGCAUCGCAGUAGCCAGUCCUGCUAGAGUGUAUGCACUCACAGAAAUCUUAAGGAAGCGAAUGAAUCGCAAAAAUCACAGCAUUUCUCUCCUCAUAGACAAAGGCAGGCUAUGCACUAACUCUGCAGACAUAUGUGAACUAUUCAACAAAACGUUUGCAGGUAACUACCUUAAGCCCUCAGUCCAGCUACUCGAUAUACACCCUAUUACUAAAAUGGCACCAACUCCACUGACACCAAACCAAAUUAGCACUGUUCAAUUCACUUACGCUGACAUUAACCAAACUAUAAGAACCCUCAAAAGUUCAAAAGGUUUCGGUACCGACGGUAUAUCAUCUUACUUCUAUAAAUAUGGUGGCCCUGACAUUCCUCUACUACUGCUUAAAAUAUUCACAAUGUCCCUAGAAACCCAAACUUACCCUGACAUAUGGAAGACAACAUUCAUUAUGCCUAAACACAAAUCUGGCUCGAAAACUGAAGUCAGUAACUACCGGCCAAUCAAUAUCACACCUAUAGCAUCUAGAAUCAUGGAGAGACUAGUCAAAGAUAACUUAAUCAAACAUAUGCUUAGCUGCAACAUCAUAAGUCCGAACCAACAUGGAUUCCUGAAAUCCAGAUCAUGUUUAACAUGUCACCUAGACUUCUUCAAUUUUGUAACCAGCAGUCGUGACAGACGGCAACUAGUACUUGUCAUCUACUUUGACAUUUCUAAGGCAUUUGACCGUGUUGACCAUUUACUGCUAACAAAUAAACUGAACUCCUUAGGAAUACGUGACCCAUUAUUAGGAUGGCUUAAAUCAUUCCUUAACAAUAGGUCCCAAAUAGUUAAACUCGGGUCUGCAACCUCCAAACCUAGCCCUAUCACUUCUGGUGUAGUACAAGGUAGUGUCAUUGGACCCCUCCUAUUUACACUAUACAUCAAUGACAUAUGCGCUUGCUUCACGCACGGGAAACCAUUCAUCUUUGCAGAUGACCUAAAAGUAGCUUAUACAUUCCAACGUGAUGACUUAGGGAACUUCGAGAAUGUAGUACAGAAGGAAUUAGAUAAAAUGGCUGCUUGGUCGUCCCUAUGGAAUCUCCAAUUUAAUCUGAACAAAUGUGGCUGGAUCUGCUUCGGUGCACCCUCAAUUGACCUGAAAUUAACGCUCCAAUCUGCUAACCUAACAAGACUCCGAAGUGUCGUUGACCUAGGCCUGAGGUACUCUAGUGACUUGACAUUCUCAGAGCAAGUAGCAUCACAGACUAGAAAAUCGAGGAUGCUCUUAGGAUGCAUACUCAGGAACUUUCACGACAAUGAAGCCAAGCUAAUUCUGUACAAAACAUGUGUCAGACCACUACUAGAAUACUGUCCAUUUAUUAUAAGCAGCACUCGCACACGUGACAAGCUAAGGAUGGAAAGUAUCCAACGAUAUUUUACCUCAAAACUGCUUGGCUACGAUUGUAAGAAAGACUACAUCUCACGGUGCAUGAUCCUAAAACUCGACCCACUUUGGACAAGGCGACUUAUUAUAAACCUAAUAUUCUUCUUUAAGGUCCUUCACAAAAUAUCUUUCUCAGGUAACAGGGACAUACAAUUCGCACAGGAAGGUUCUUACGAUCUGCGUAACCAAACUUCCACAGUGACAACUCAUUCUUUUAAGUCAACACUCCGUGAAAACUUCUUCACAGUCAUGUAUUCUAAAAUAUGGAAUAGCCUACCCCUAGAUAUCAGAACUUGCUCUUCGGUUACAAGCUUCAAACGCUCUCUAUACAGACUGUUUCACUCUACAGAUUAUAUUAAUAAACUAUUUACUCCUAGAACGAAUCAAGCACUAAUCUACUACAGCACCUAAAAGACGCACUUCAACACCCUUAGCAAUCUUUAAACUAUAAAUAAACUAGCAGCAUGGAUGCAUAAAGACAUAGUACGGAACAUACAGGA